AUGACUGAUAAUUUCACAUCGUUGAAAACGACAAAUAACUCUUUCAAUCAUGACAUUAAUACCACUGAUAAUCCAGGUCCCAUUGUUGAUGAGGAAGAUGGUGUAUCAAUCGACAACUUUGCUGAUCAUUCAUUCGAAACUAAUUAUAACGAUAAUAGUAACAAUAACAAUAGCCUUCUUUGUAAUUCAACACAAAGAAGCACACUUAUCGUCCAUACAAAUACAACUCUGGUUCCUACGACAUCAUUGGUUAGUUUACCAUUAUUAAUAGAAACAUUUUCUCAUGAAUAUCUUGAUUACGAUUCCGCUUUUAAUGCUGGAAAUUUAUCAAACGUCAAUUUUGAUGAUAUUUUAUUUUAUGAAUCCUCUUCUUGA